GCGACCCUAUGUCGUCACUGAAUGAGCGCGCGAGUAUCAAAAUCUAUAAACAACAGCUUGUGUUAGCAUUUACGGUCAGCCUUUUCUACCUGUCUUAUAUAAUUUUGUCGUCAUACGUUUGUCUGUAAACCUGAGAUCCGACUCUAAUCUCGGAAUGGGUUCCAACGUGAUUUCUGGUGUCAAGGAGUUUUUCAAUGUUCUACGGUGUCUUCUGGAGGAAGAAAACAUGGAUUCGUGUAUAUACGGGGAGGACAUCCAGAUAAUAAAGAUGAAUGGAAGCAAAGUUGCUCCAGUGAAUUUGUACUGUGACAACCAGAAAGUUUUUGUCUGCGAAAAGGCUGUUCUAAAAGUAAGGGAAUCUGAUGAUGAGCAAGUGGAGGAUACAUCUAACUGUGAUGAUGACGCUGCUGGUGAUGUUCUCCAGCCAGAACAAGGACCCCAACCACUUACAAUCACGAAAGCAAGACAGCUGCUUUCAUGGUACACAUUAUCUCAAAAUGCUGGCGUUUUAGUCGUGGACAACGGUUUAGUUUUACAUCCUCUCUGGGUGCGAUGCGACAUGUCUGAUCCUGCUGGAACUGCUUGGUUUGGGGCUGAGCCAGUCUGCAUGGGAAGUAAAGUAACUGGUGUUAAAUUGUACACGGUUACCUGCAAAGAGUCAACUGUUGACAAAAAGGCUUUCAUAACCUUGGAAGAGCUGAAACAGGAACAUAAGAAAAGACAUCAUCCAACAUCAAUGGGGAUCAAAGGAAGCGCCAGGUUCAACUUGUAUGGCUCCAGUGUUGUUGAAAACACAUUCAUUGUGUCUCAGAGCAGUGUGACUGUGGAUUUCAAGUGGAGCCAUGUGGAGCAUAUCCUCGAGGCUCCUCCUCUGUCUUCUACAGCUACCCUGAAUAUCAAAAUCGCCAGUGGUGACAUGAGAAAUCCGAUGUUUGAGAUGUACAGGGAGCUAGAGUUUCUUCAGACGCUUGCUGAUGGUUUAAAAACUGGUGAGACUGAGUGGAUGGAGCCUUUGGAAAACACAUCUGCUGUUGAUCUGACUAAGGCCUACAUCCAAGAACUUCAGAACAUGGUACAAACAAUUCAGGAUCAGGCUGCGAAAACCCCAGAGACAACAAAGUUGAAGUCUGAGUCUGAUCCUCCUAUUUUCAACUCUUUCGUGGAAAGAGGCAAUUUGGAUUUUGUGGAGCAGCUGUGGAUCAGAUUAAGGAAAAGCGUGACAUCAUACCAGGACGUCAGAGACAGUUUGAAGUUAGUGAUCGAAGCUCUACGAUAUGGGGACAUAAAACCCUGGAUUCACAGAGACAGCAGCAGCUCUCUCAGUAAGCUCAUCCUUCAGUCGUACCACCAGCAGAUCGAUCAUGUGUCUCUCUCAGGUGCCACCCCCAUCACCAUGCUGCUGGAGAUGGGUCUGGAUAAGAUGAGAAAAGAUUACAUCAACUACCUGAUUGGUGAAGAAUUGACGACCUUAAACCGCUUGAACCACUACCUGAGCACAGAGGCUGAUCUGCAGGAACAAGUAAUCCGGCUUAGAAAACUGCACCAUCUGCUGGAGAUCGUUGUAAGCUGCCGAACGUUCCUGACUCUGCCUUACGACCGCCUCUUCCUCCUUACACAAUCAUGUUUGGAUCACUACAAGACAUCAGCAUAUGAUGAGGAACAUGAGUUCAAACUCCAGAUCAAACCAGCUCUGAUCAGCCAUUUGUAUCAGAGCGAACACCCAAUGAUGUGGGGGGUUGAAGUGUCCAGCGGCCAAGGUCCUCGUGAGGUUCGGACGUCCUUACAGCUCAGUAACAGACCACUGGUGGAUCACGUCACCUUUAAAACAGAUUACCCAAGUGAAGCGAUCAACGGGGACAUGGAGGAGCCGGCUUUUUUUUCCACGGUGGUGUGCUGCAGCCUCGUCAGCUUUGUAUGAAUUUACAAAGCACAAAACAACUGAACAACAAAGUAGAUGUUUGUUUUUAAUAUUCUUAAUAGUAUUGAACAUUGUUUGAAAUAUUAACAGUUCAAUCCAGAUGGACUGAAAUCAUUCCAACGAGCCUGGAGCGACCCCAGCUGGAUCGAUGUGUUUUUAAGUGUUUUCAGUGAAGAGUUUCUGUUUUGUAGGUGAUGAAGUUUUUUUCCAAUUCAUCUAUCACAUUUUAUUUAUUUAGAAAGCUAAACUCUGUUUCAUUUAGACUGUAGAUUACAUGGUUGCAUAGCAGUUCCCCACGUCAGAACAAAAUAAAAGCAGAAAAGGUCAUUUUGCAUGUUGCAGCUGAACUAAAACAACAAAACACUGUAAAGUCAUCAGAUUAGUGGUUUAAAUUCACUUCAGAAAUGUAUUCAUCCUUUCACAAAUACUAUUAAAGAAAUGUUGCAAUUCCA